AUGGAUUAUCUAAAUCCGCCAUUGGAUAAUAGCAGCAAUAGGGGACAAGCUAGUGGUCAAGUUUCGACUGGCUCUGGGCGUGAGACUGGGGAGAGCAGCAAUCCAUCAAGUGGUGAGGCGCCGAGUCCAUUCACCCUUCCAUCUGUACAGCUACCAAAGGGCGGAGGAGGCAUCAAAGGAAUUGGAGAAAAGUUCUCGGUGAGCCCGGCCACGGGCACUGGCAAUUUUUCUGUUCCGAUCAAGACAAGUAAUGGAAGAGCCGGCAGCUCUGUGGCGCUGAGUCUCUCGUAUAAUUCCGGAGCCGGCAAUGGCAGUUUUGGCCUUGGCUGGCAAGUAUCUAACCAGUCAAUUGUGCGAAAGACUGAUAAAGGAUUGCCACGAUAUCGCGACGAGGAUGAGUCCGAUGUGUUUAUGCUGGCGGGGGCUGAGGAUCUCGUUCCCUCGCUGGAAGUGCAGCCGGACGGAACAGUUAUACCCGUGUCUGAUUCUCGCUACGAUGGAAACCCUCUGCUUCAAUCUACCCGCUAUCAACCUAGAAUUGACAACGGGUCAAUUAGAAUUCUGAGAAUAUCCAAUCAAGAGACAGACGAAAGCCAUUGGGAGGUCAAAACGGGUGCUAAUGUCACGACGAUCUAUGGUGACUGCGACGAGAGCCGUGUAUUUGACCCGCUGCGACCUUCGCGGAUAUUUGAAUGGCUGCCGACACGGUCUUAUGACGACAAAGGAAAUGAGACACUGUAUCAGUACAAGGUCGAAGAUUCUUGCGGCAUUGAUACAGCCAGCUCACAUGAGCAGCAAAGAUCAGAGCGAGAGCGAUCGGCGGCACGUUACAUCAAGCGCAUCAAAUAUGGUAAUACCAUUUCCAAUUUGAAUCCAGCGUUCAAAAGCAACAACAAUUGGCUCUUCGAGGUUGUCUUUGACUACGGCGAGCACGAUCGUCAAAAUCCUUCCGUUGAGGAAUGCAAGGAAUGGCAGCCACGUCCAGAUCCUUUCUCAACGCGUCGAGCUGGUUUCGAGAUCCGGACUUAUCGCCUUUGUCAAAGAGUUUUAAUGUUUCAUCAUUUCCCCGAUGAGCCCACGGUCGGACGAGAUUGUCUCGUUGCUUCUUUCAACCUCACCCAUGAAGCUAUUGGCAAAGAUCCGUCAACAGGCCUCGCAGUCGCUUCGAUAGUAACGUCCAUUACCCAGGAAAGUUGGCAGAGGUGCGGUGACACCUACAAGAAACAGUUCAUGCCACCACUCGAGUUCCGUUACUCCGCAGCUCAGCCAGCCAGGCAGUCUGAAGCGCUAAAGUCGUCUUCCUUGGCCAAUCUCCCUGCAGGCUUCAGUGGAGACUACCAAGUCCUCGAUUUAGAAGGGCAGGGAUUGCCUGGCGUCGUAGUUUCCGUUGGCGGGAACCUUCUGUAUGUCCCAAACUCCGGAAAUGGGCAUUUUGGUCGUGCGGAGACUCUGCCAUCGUCCCCCGGAGCUGGUUCUCGGCGCGAUGCAAGACAAUGGAUGGACCUUGACGGCGGUGGAAAGCUCGACCUUGUUCAGAUGAAUGCACCCACACCAGGUUUCUAUAAGCGAAAUUUGGAUGAGAACUCCGGCUGGGAUACCUUCCGAGCCUUUGAGUCGUUUCCUAAUCUCGACAUGAAGGAUAAGAAUCUCAAGUUCAUCGAUCUGACGGGAGACGGCAUCGCCGAUAUUGUCAUUAUUGAUGAUAAUGAGCUGCGAUUUUAUGCUGGAUUGGGCGAUGUGGGAUUCGACACACCAUCUUACAAGCCGUCCCCGCUAGACGAUGAGACUCCCGAUUCUAGUCGUCUCCUGUUUUGGGACGGCAGUGAGGCGAUUUAUACUUCUGACAUGACAGGAGAUGGACUCGCGGACCUGGUUCGGGUUCGCAACUCAGAAAUAUGCUACUGGCCAAACCUGGGCUACGGUGAAUUUGGUGCCAAAGUCGCAAUGGUGAACCCGCCGGUUUUUGAUCGGCCCGAUCUAUUCAGCCAGACCUAUCUCCUUCUGAGCGAUAUUGAUGGCUCGGGAACAACUGAUGUCGUAUAUCUCGGAAAUGACGUGCCAAUGAUAUACCACAACCUCUCUGGAAAUGGCUGGAGCGACGGCAUACCUAUCACAGGCUUUCCUGGUAUUGAUUCGACAACAAAUGUACGCGUUUCCGACCUGCUUGGUCGAGGUACCGGCUGCCUUGUCUGGUCAUCCAUUCUCCCCGGAGACUUUGGUCAUCACAUCAGGUACCUCGACCUCAUGGAAGCUGGCAAACCGUAUCUCCUUGUUGGCGUUGACAAUAAUCUGGGCUGGGAGACGCGCGUCACGUAUGAAAGUUCCUGUCAAUUUUAUGCCAGAGACAAAAGCGCCGGGCGCCCAUGGACGGCCCGUCUGCCAUUUCCAGUGCAAUGCGUGGAAAAAGCAGAGCUUGUUGACAGAGUCAGCAAAAGUCUAUUUACCACCAAGUACGCAUACCAUGACGGAUAUUUUGACGGCGUCGAGCGCGAAUUUCGGGGCUUCGGAAUGGUCGAGUCGUGGGACACGGAGCUGUAUUCCAAUCUACAGCAAGACAACACAAUGUCGAACAUCAGCAAGCAGUCCAAUAUGCCACCAGUUUUGACCAAAACAUGGUACCAUACUGGGGAGUAUCUCGAUGGCAAGCUAGUGACUCGAUACUCCGACAUUCCGUACUGGACCGGAGAUGACCAGAUACAGAGCUAUGCAUCGCUCACAGACCCGGUCCUGCCAUUUUCAAUCACUACGAAACGACACGAGGUUCCAUACACAUUGAAUCAUCAAGAGAGGCGAGAGGCAUGUCGCGCCUUACGGGGACAAGUGCUCCGGUCGGAAUCUUACGCUAUUGAUGGCACCAAUCUGCAAGCUUUCCCAUACAUUGUGCAAGAGUCCAAUAUGCAUCUUGAGCUACGCCAACCUGUCGGUCCGAAUUCUCAUGCUGUUCUGUUUGUGCGCCCCAAAGAGUCUCUUGAGAUGGCCUACGACAGAAAGCGCUAUCGCGCUGGGUCAAUUAUGCAGUUUGAUCCUAGAAUCUCGCACACUAUGGUUUUGGAAACAGAUUUUUAUGGGAAUCAGUUGAAAUCAAUGGUUGUCUCUUAUGGACGACGACACCCGGACCCUGACAAGCGUCUGACCGAGGAGGAUAGAAAGGCGCAGAUGCGCAGCCAUGCCGUCCUGUCAACAGCGGCUUUCACCAACAGCGUCGAAACAAGAGAGAAUUUUAUUCUCCCGCUACCUGCUCAAUCCCAAUCCUAUGAAGUCAUCAAUAUUGAUGCCUGCAGGAGAAGGGCGCAUAGCGGUGCAAAAGAAGCGGUGCUAUUUAAUGAUGCCUUGCAAAUCGUGAGACGACUGGCAUCUGGAGCUUUCGAUAUCCCAUUCGAAAAUUUCACUGGGCCGUAUCCAUCAAGUACUACUACCUAUAGGCGUCUUCUCAAAGAAAGUUGCUCGAUUUAUCGAAAGAACGACCUCACUGGACCGUUGCCACUUGGUGUCGUGGAGUCACUGAGUCUGCCUUGGAAAAACUUCCAACUUAGUCUCACAGACGAUCAGGCUCAGCACUACGUCACAUCAGGCAAGAUACGCUCUGAGGAACUCAUCAAAACUCUGGAGAAAGAUUGCAAUUUUUCCAGGAUACAUGCGAAACCAGGAUGGUGGGCUCCCUCUGGACAAGCUUUUUUUGCUGCGCAACGAGACGCGAGUCCGAGUGAAGAGCUUGAAGAAGCGAAACGACAUUUCUUUACUAUUCGACGUUCCAGACCACAAUUCGAUAGAGACAGUGCCCCUGCCGAAGUGUUUUACGAUUAUGACAAGUACGAUUUGUUGAUUCAAGAAGUACGCGACCCGUAUGGGAAUACCGUUACGGCGGGCGAAAGAAAUGUCGACCCGUCGCUGCCGCUUGCAAAGGCAGGAAAUGACUACCGCCUUUUGGCUCCAUUCCUGGUUAUGGACUCAAACAGAAAUCGAUCAAAAGCUCUCUUCAACAUUAUGGGAAACGUUGUCGCUUCCGCUGCCAUGGGCAAGCCUGAGGAAAACUUGGGUGACUCCCUGGAUGGUGUCCACGCCGUGCUGAAUGAAGAUGAGACUCGCGAAUUUUUCAAUAAUCCCACCGGCCUUUCUCAUAAAUAUCUCGGCAAAGCCACUACCAGGACAGUCUAUGACUUUUUCGCGUAUCAUCGGACGAAGCAUCGUAGACAGCCGCAGCCGAAUUGGGUCUCAUCGCUAAGCCGCGAAACACACGAAUCGGAUCUGCCCGAAGGUGUUCAGAGUCGAGUUUUCGUCACGGUCUCUUACUCUGACGGCUUGGGUCGCGGCAUCCAAGUAAAAGCGCAAUGCGAGUCAGGCCCAUUAACAUUAGACGUGAGCAGCGGUGUGGAGGGUGGUCUCGCAAUACAGCCCAAGAUCCAACAGCGAUGGCUCACGAGCUCAUGGGUGAUUUUCAACAACAAAAACAAGCCUGUGAGACAAUACGAGCCGUUUUUCAGCGGGAGCCACAGGUUUCAAGACAAGGCCAUAUACGGAGCUUCGUCCAUCAUGCUGUAUGAUGCCAUCGCUAGGCCCGUCGCCGUCGUGUCGCCGGAUCACACAUGGUCCAAGGUCAAGCAUGAUCCCUGGGGCUCUGAGCAAUGGGACAAAAUUGACACGGUCCUUAUCGAGGACCCAUCUACUGAUGAAGAUGUUGGUGGCUUUUUUAAGCUGCUUCCUCGAGCAGCCUACAUGCCGACAUGGUACGGACAGCGAUGCCAUGGCCAACUCGGGACAUUGGAGAAAGAAGCAGCAAUGCACUCUGCUUCCCUCGCCGAAACUCCGAGCAGUGUGAAGUUUGACUCGUUGGGAAGAGUAUGUGUUAAUUUCGAGAUACUCCGAAACCCGCAACCGCCAACUUCUACCUCCAAGGUAAAGGACCAAGUCUUGAGGCAGCCGUCGUUUCUCGAUGUGCAAGGAAUGCCGGUAAAGCUCGAAGACUCACUUGGGCGGGAGACGGCAACAAACAUAUUUGCCAUGGGAGGAUGGGUUAUGAGUGAGACGCACAUGGAUAAUGGAACAAGAUGGACACUGCCAGACGUCAGCGGGAUCCCCAUCCUUACGUGGAACGCCCGCGGGCAGAGGUUCCGGACCGAGUACGAUCGCAAAAGACGAAUCGUUGGCCUGCAUAUCCGCGACGGCGAAAAUGAAUCGUUGGUGGAAGCGUCGAAAUACGGUGAAACGCGAACCGACCCCGAAUUAUACAACGCCAACGGUCGCAUCGUACUCGCGUAUGACCAGACUGGAACUACGAGAACCCCAAAGUACGACUUCAAGGGAAAUCUUGGCGAGAGCACCCGUCAGCUUGCAUGCGACUACAAAACUGCCCUCGACUGGUCAUCUCCUCAGAAACUAGCUUUGCAGGAAGAAGGGUUUGUUGAGACUGUUUCCUAUGAUGCUUUGGGGAAACCGACGAAAACAAUACUUCCAGAUGGCACAAUGACCUCGUAUCAUUACAACGAACGUGGCUUGAUUCGAAAAGUCGAGACAAACGUCAAGGAUGCAGCUUCUGUGGAUAGCGUGAUUGAUGAUAUCGAAUAUGAUGCAAAAGGGCAGCGAAGCAAGAUACAACAAGGAAAUGGCAUGCACACCUUGUUCCACUACGAUAAAAACACCUUUCGUGUUUGUCGCAUUGAAACAAUCCGGGUACGAAAGAGGUCGCCGAGUAGAUCACGCAGCCGCUCGCAAAGCGGCAAUUCAAGUGAAGGCGAUCACGGUGCUCGCCCAAGGCGAAAGUCCAGCCGUCGAGAGCGCAGAGAGCACUUACAAGACUUGAACUACGUCUUCGAUGCCUUGGGCAACAUAACCCACGUAACAGACAAGGCAUCGCAGGCAAUUUUCUUCCGCAACCACCGAGUCGAAGCCAUGCAGACAUUUACGUACGACUCUCUUGCCAGAUUGGUCGAAGCGACCGGGAGAGAGCACAUUGGGCAGAUGCAAAUGGCGAAGGAUCGUCAUGGCGCCGGCAACAGUACACCGAGUGCUGACGGACGAGUUGACCAUCCGAAUGAUGCCAAGGCAAUGGGGCGCUACGUCGAAAAAUAUGUAUACGACGCCGUGAAUAAUAUUCAAAGCCUCAGACAUGCAAACUUGACCGAUGGGCAGUCAUACACGAGGCGCUACUACUACGAGGAGAAGAGCCUUGUUGCUCCCAGCCAGCAGAACAACCGGCUGAGUCGCACUUCUGUGGGCGAUGUGACGGAGACGUACCAUUACGAUGGCUCCGAGGCCGAGCCUGGCAACAUGUCGUCAAUGCCAGGACUACCGAGCACGGUGUAUGACUACGGCGAGCGGAUGGUGAGAUCUGUGCAAACUUGCGGCAAGGGCUCGGAAGCCAGAGAAACCAUCUACUACCGAUACGACGCAACCGGGAAGCGGGUGCGAAAGGUGAUUGAGCGACAGGCCGAGUCCGAGAAGCCCAAGGUUCUGAAGGAGACGAUUUAUAUUGGCGGCGCAUUUGAAGUAUUUCGCAAGUACGCAGGAGGCGGAGAUGUUUCAGUCGAGGUGCAUAGCCUGCGAAUUAUCGAAUCCGGCCGACAGCUCCUUCUCGUCGAGAAGCGUACGCUGGGGGGAGACAGCAGGGCUCCCGGAUUAUUGUACCGUUAUCAACUCGGCAACUUCCAGGGCUCGGCGACGGUGGAGGUGGACGAAAACGCCAAUGUUCUCUCGUACGAGGAGUUCACGCCGUAUGGCGUGUCAUCCGUAAGCUCAGUCUUUCGAGAAACAGAAGUUCCGAAACGAUAUAGGUUCUUGGGCAAAGAGCGAGACGAAAUAGGCCUGUACCAUUUCGGCGUCCGAUACUAUGCCCCAUGGCUGGGCCGGUUCGUCUCCGCCGACCCCAAAGGGUCGGCCGACGGAUCGAAUCUGUAUCAGUACGCGCACGGGAACCCAACCAUGCUGGCAGACCCCUCGGGCACAAACGCGAAUCCGCCUCCCGAAUUCGCCGGCUGGGCAUGGAAGGAUAUUGCGGCGCGAGCCAAUGACAAGAUCCACCUGGAGGACCUCAACCUCAAAGGCGGCGGUGCGCUGAUCCAGCAGUACCGCGUGGCCGGGCGAGCAGCAGCCGGCGACUUUGCCAAGUUCCUCCAAAGCUCACUGGCGGAGGGAAGCGAAAUGGCGGUCAAAUUCGAAACGUACCUCGCCAAUGCCAAGACGGGGGGCGUCAAGGGGUCCAGCUACAUUGACUUCAUCGUGCAGGAGUGGAAGACGGCGUACGAGCACAAGCUGCUCAACUUUUCAAAGUACUCGGAAGACGGCUCGCUGGUGCUGGACAAGCUCAAGGACGCGUCCUCGCGCAUCAUCACGCAGCUCAACAAGCACACGACCAACCUGGCGCAGCUCAGCGAUGACUACGGCAAGGUGCGCCUCGCCGUGACGCUGCGCGGGCUCGAGGGUGCCACGGAGCAAGGGCUCGCCGAUUUCGCAGGCGAGCUCGGGACCAUUAUGAAAAAGGCCGGGCAGCUGGAGCCGCUGAUUCAGCGCGUCGACUCGCCGGGCAUCGUGGCGGCGACGCAGACCCUCGAGUCGGGCACGCUGGCCGUCAUUGAGCGCGCAGGCGGGCUGUCCAAGUACGUCGGCACCGGCUCCAAGAUUCUGGGCCCACUCGGCGUCUUCAUUGGCGUCAUGUCACUGUCGGGACAGGCUCACGCGGCGACGGGCACGGGGGAGCACAAGGGCAUCAGCAAGAGCGAGCAGGCCCAGGCCGGCAUGGAUCUGGCGGCCAACGUCACGGGCAUCGGCGUCUUCGCCGUCGGGACCAAGGCGACGGCCAUCACGGCCGCCGGAGGAGCGACGCUGGCGACCGGCGCCGCCAUUGUCGCGGUCGGUGCUGCGGCGGGUGGCGCGGCCGCUGGUGCCGCGGUCGGUGGAUGGGUGGACAAAAAGGUUGAGAGCUCGGAGUGGGCGCAGCAGAAUCUGGGUCCAAAGGGCGCCGAGCUGGCGGGCUACGGAACGGGUGUUUUGGCAGGCGCCGCAGCGGGCGCCGCGGUUGGUGCUCUUGUGGGAAGCGUGCUGCCCAUUGUCGGUACGGCGGCUGGCGCGGUGAUUGGCGGUGCGGCAGGUGCCUUGGGUGCGGAGGCGAAGAUUCUCAUUAGCAAGUACUGGAAUUGA